CGCUCUCCUACCCCCUCGCCAAACGGCACCUCCUAUGGCUCUCCUAACGAGUCCACCAUCGGCCUCCUCGAGGACCUAGCCUCAAACCUACCUAGCGGCCAUAGCUCACCGGCCCAAAGCGAGAUCCACGUCCGAGACGGCCCCCGAAACACUAGUAGUGCCUACUCUCCUACACCCUCCUCUCCUACACCCUCCUCUCCUACACCCUCCUCUCCUACACCCUCCUCUCCUACACCCUCCUCUCCUACACCCUCCUCUCCUACACCCUCCUCCCCUAGUACACCGGCACCUCCCUCUUACUCACUAGGGACCCAGGGGCCUACUAGCCCUAUCUACGGAGACGAACAUACACCACCGCCACCAGAUGUUGCAGACAUACCUAUAGGCCUAGGCCAAGACCGGUAUAACACCUACCAGCCCCGAAACAAGUAUCUACAACAGCUAUUUGGAUACAACCACGUACAGGCAAAGGACCACACCUUCCGUGGCAGCCAAGCCGCUAGCUUUGUGGCCGCCGCGGCCAGGUGUGCCUCUAGAUACACACGCCAACCUACCGAGAAACACCUGCUAGACUUCCUACUACUACCGAAGGCUGGCCUUACCCUAGGCAUCCAAUCGGAGGAGUUUAGCACCCAAUACGUCCUACAGCACUACCCGGACCUAAUGCUACCCCCGCCAAGCCGCGUAGAAACCGAUAGGGCCCAGGAAUUUCUAGGCCAGCCAGACAACCGCCGGGAUACCCCCCGCUCUAGAGCCCAAAGACUGGUAGAAAAGGGCUAUCUAGGCAGAGCUGCAAGGGCACUAGUAGACCCCUCAACCCUAGCUAGGAACUCGGCGGAUAUACUAGCCAAACUAAGAGAAAAACACCCGGAAGGGCAGCCCUACCCCUUUGCCUCCUCCGCGAGCCCUAGACCAGGCCCUAGGCCACUCCCGGAAGACAUCUUACAAGCCCUGGCCUCAUUUGCCCCGGAUACAGCCCCUGGCCUAUCCGGCUGGACCAUAGGAUCACAAGGACUCCUGGCAAGAUUCCAAGACAUUGACACAAGACUCCUAGAAACCAUAAAACACCUUCAAGGCUCAGAGGAUAGAAGACCACUAGACCAGGACCUAGUAGCCCUCCCUACUAGGCUAGGAGGCCUAGGAAUACCUCUCUACGCGGAAGUGGCCGAGCUAGCCUUCCAAAACUCACAGGCUAUAGCAGACAUCACCCUACAGAGGAUCCUACCGCCAAAACUCUUCUGGCGCCUACCCCGAGCACCCUCGCCAGCCCCUAGCAACACUAGCCAAGAAGGCAACCUACAAGAGGACGGCCUAGAAGGGGACAUAGACAAGGCCACAGAAGAGGACACACAAGGUCUAGACGAACAAACCACUCUAGGAAGCCAGGAGCAAGAACAGGUACAAGAACAGGAACAGGAUCACUCCCAGGACCGCGGUAGAAGCAGGAAUAGAGCAAACCAACAACCACAACCAAGCCUAUCCUACCUCCUAGCCCAGGACACCCAACAACAGCCUAGCUUUCCCCUAGAACACCAACAACUAGACCCCACUAGUACUGGCCCUGCUAGAACCAUCUACCGAGCUGCAAUAGACAAGCUCAACAGAGCUCGACUGGCUAGAGUACAGCAGAAGCUCUCUUUACAGCAAGAGAACGUACGGAUCGAGAACUCAGCCUUCCUAGGCCGGAGAUGGCUAUCCGCAAUGCCUACCUCACAGCCCCUUCUACUCUCGGACAUGGACGUAGCCGCAGCACUUUCUAUUCGGCUUCUUACAUCCCCUGAAGAAGGCCAGGACAUCUGUAGACACUGUGAUAGGGCCUAUACCUUCGCCCACGAAGACGCCUGCCGUGCUAGGACUAGACAGACAAUUGUCAAACAUAAUAAGGUGUGCCAGGCGUUGACUACGGCCCUACAGACCGACCCACAAAACAAAGUCACCCUAGAGCCACAAGGAGACUACCGAGGAAUCCGGACAGACAUUAGAAUCGACAACCCUAAGGGAACCACCUACCUAGAUGUGUCCAUCAUUUCCCUAGGUAAGGAAACCGCUAGGAAGGACCCUAAUAGCACCCUAUCGGCCGCGGAAAGGGCUAAGAAGCUCAAAUACCAAACCCUAGGCCGAGCUUUUAAGCCGUUUAUCCUUAGCCAAGGAGGCCUUCUAGGAAAGGAGACCUCACAAACCUACAAAGAAUUCCAAAAGUCCCUUGGUCCUAGCACCUCGGAGUGGCUAGAUAAGUAUAUCUCUACCACUCUAGUAAGACUCCGGGCUAGGAACUGGCUAGGAUAUGGUAUAGAC